AAGGCUUCAUCUUCAUAAGUUAGCUCAAUUGCUAGCAAGGCAUAGCCUCAUCACCAACAUGGACUUACCUUCAAUCCUUGAAUCAAGCUCCAGCGAGGAAAGAUGGAUCGAGCAAGUGAGCAAAAUCCUCGAGAAAGAGGUGAUGAUUGAUAUAGACCUUCCAGUUUCAAUAUUUCGUGCCCCUGCAGCUCUAAGUGCUUUCAAGCCACAAGCUUACAUGCCUAGGCUAGUGGGCUUGGGGCCGUACCACCAUUUCCGCUCUGAGCUCUAUGAAAUGGAAAGAUGCAAGCUUGCUGCAGCCGGCAGGCUGCAAAAGAUGUUCCACGGCAUCAAGUUCGAGCAGCUCGUGUACAAGCUCGACGAGCUCGAGCAACAAGUCCGAGCCUGCUACCACAAGUAUCUGGACAUUGAAGGGCAUACCUUGUCUUGGAUUUUGGCCAUUGAUGGCCUGUUCUUGAUUGAUUUUAUUUACUUAUUUACCAACAGAAAGGAAGAGACCGAUCUCUGUUCAACUACAACGGCUGUCUUGGUUGAUUGUGGCGGAAAGAAGCUGGCUAGCGAUGAGAUCUUAGGAGACAUUCUGAUGCUGGAAAACCAAGUACCGAUCUUUGUCCUGAGCAAGAUCUUGUCGGUCCAUUUCCUUCCAGACGAUGUUUUACCUUCGAUUUUGAUGAGUUUAUGCAAAGCCCUUUCGCCAUUGAAGUUCAAGGAGAAUGUCCCUUUAUCCGAUGUUCUCAAGCGUGCCCAUCUGCUGGACCUUUUGCACCACUUAACCGUGCCCAAAUUGGAGGUUGAAGACGAAUACCGUAGCAUAUAUGCCGAGAACGAUGAGUCUCAGAACCUUAAGGACGAUUCUCAACAUGUUUUCGCCCAGCUUUGGUCCAAUUUCUCAGGCCUAAACGUUGGGUUUGUGAGAAAAAUUACCAAACCGAUCGAGAUGAUCAUCAGUCUGCCGGGAAAGAUUGCUUCCAAUGCCCCAGUGCUGUCCAACCUAGGAUCGAAACACAAAGAAGACAUCAAUCCAGAAGUCGAUCAAGUUUGCGAGGACAAUGCGAAAAGUACUCCCAUGGUAGGAGAGAUUAACGUUCCUUCGGUUUCAGAACUCUGUGAUAUCGGAUUUCAAUUCUGCCCCACCUCUGGGGGCAUCACAUCGAUCGAACUGGACCUCAAGAAGAAGAGAAUCUAUCUUCCCGUCGUCACUUUGGAUGUUCAUUCCGAAGUGAUAAUGAGGAACUUAGUCGCCUAUGAAGCAACGGCUCUAUCAAAAUGUCUAGUUUUUACUCGGUACACAGAACUGAUGAAAGGGAUUAUAGACACAGCCGAGGACACAAGGCUGUUGAGAGAGAAGAAGAUCAUCGUCAACCAUUUGAAAAGCGAUGCAGAGGUUGCAGAUAUCUUCAACGGGAUGAGCAAAAGCAUCAGGUGUACUCAUGUGCCCUACAUAGACAAAUUCAUUGAGAACGUGAACAAGAAUUACCAUAACACCCCCAAGGUUCGAGCUCGUGACUGCAUGAAGAAGAAUGUGUAUCGUUCAUGGAAGCUCCUAACUCUUAUUGGAGUUUUCCUUUUAAUGUUGCUGGUGGCUUUCCAAACAUUUUGCUCAGUUUAUCGCUGCAGUGGUGUUUUCUAUUCAAUCAGUGGCUCUGAUGAUUGAAUGUGGGUUAUAAUAUAUACAUCUUGGAUUAAUUAGUUGCAUAUGUAUUAUAUAUUGUUUCUCAUUUUUAAUGUACUUUUUUCUCUCGUCUAUCCUCUUCUAGUA